AUCUUCACAACUUUUUCCACUCAAGGCAGCAGGAUGCCUCCCAAAGCAAAGAACAAGGCGCGUGCCUUCAAGUCGACGUCUGUGACAACGAAAUCAUCCUCAUCUCCUUCUCUUGACCCUCCAGCUCCUUUCAAACGAGCUCCUAUUGCGUACGAACCAUUCCUCUCGAACCUCCAGAAACACCAUGUCUACAUUGCGCAUAUUGAUUCCAAGCCUCGAGACUUCAAGCAAAAGAUCUUUCUCGUCCCACUUGUUCUGAAUGUUGCUGUUAUUGCGUUGGUAUUAUGGCGGAUAAAAGUUAUCGGGCCAUGGUAUAUGAAAAUUUGUUUCUCUUUGAUGGGUAAAUUCAACGACAUGACGAUCGAUACCGCGCGGACACCUGUGGACACCAUGGCUUGGGAGAUCAUAAAGAGAACUGCCGUCUUUAUGAUUGAUCUUCUUAUAUAUGUCUUUGUUUGGUUGCCAUUUCCAUGGGAUUUCUUCGUGGGCCGAAAAAGCGGAAGCCCUGUUGCGUGGAGACUUGCAGUGGGAUAUCAGAACAAAGAGAUUAUUGUGAGAAGAAGUCGAAAAUGGUAUUCCACAGUUGGACACCCAGUUGAAAAAGGAGAAGAUCAGGAGAAACUGUUCGCGGUAGUCAAGAAGGCUACGGAUCCAAUGUGGAUGAGCGAGAAGACAGGGUACGCCAUGCUGAAUACUGAGUGGGAUCUGGACUGGAAACUGAUGGUCGUUGCUACCAAGUUGGUUGAUAACAAGCAACUAACCAUGGACGACUUCAGGACAAUGACAUUCGUUCACUGUGAGGAAUUCGGUUGGAUGGUCAUUGAAAGCGCGCAAGCUGGAGGAAGUGCAAAAGAGGAAGAAGGGAGAAGAAAGAUAGUGGCUUUCAAGGAUGAGCUCACUGCUAUGGGCAAAGAGAACCUCUUCUUUCGUUGGAUAGAGCUUGUGCAGUACGAGUCUUCCAGGCCUGGCGGAUUUGGACCUGAACAACAACGAAAAACAAUGGAGAAGGCAAGAGACCUGUUCGAGGCUCAAGGAGUAGACUUUGACAGAUUCUGGGCAAAGAUAGGCGGUAUGCAAGGCAUGCCAGGCAUGGAUGAAAUGUAAUUGUAUGAUGAAGUUGCCUUUAAAGCGCUUGCAUGUUUUAUGUAUGUUCGUCGAUACGCGAAGAUCCUUACGUUCUAUCGAGGAACAUGGCUUCUCACUCGACAAGCGUUUGUUUGGGCAUCUUUCCUUUGCGAGAUAUUAUCGGAGGUCGGCACUUGUGGCCUAAGGAUUUUUUUUUCGUAGAGGUGAAUUCAAAGUAGCUACUUCGCUAAGUACCUGCAAUACCUCAAAAUCCUCGCUUUGGUCUUUACAUUUCACAUCGGAAACGCUCCACGUUCGCUAUCA